AUGAAUUUUCUAAAUAGAGUGCUGGAAAAUCAAGCGAAACUUUUCAAUUUGUUUUUAUUUUCACUCGGGUUGGCCAAUGAUACAGCGAGUGAGAGUCAUGGAGUUGAUUCCGAGCCUUCGAAGAAUCAUUAUGACAUGUCCCAAGCACCUCUCUCCAAAGUAUUCAAAGAGGUAUUCGCAAAUGGAACGUUUCAAUCCGAUGUUUUGAUUCAUUAUAUUGUGGAUGGAUUUUCUCAAUUUAAAUCCGAUGCUAAAAGUUUUAUUAAUUCUGUCUAUUGGAGAGAAGAAUAUUGGUUACAAGGCGUGAUUGCCAUGCAUAUUGUCUUUCUUACUUGUAUUAUAAUGUCGAGGAAAAAUAUGAACAUGCAAGCCUUGUUAUUUGGCUUGAUUUGCGUCAUGACAUACUUGUCAGAAUCAUUGAAUAGAUGGUGUAAUGCAAAUUGGCAAUUGUUUUCAACGAUGAAUUAUUUUGAUGGACGUGGAUUCUUUACAGCUGUCGUUUACGCAUUUCCUUUACUGUUUUUACUUUUUAUCAUUGUGGUGAACAUGAUUAUUACUUCGGCACAAAUGGUGAUUAAGGUAAAAAGAAGACAACUUCAGAGACAACGACAAAAAGAACAAAACAAUCGAAGCAAUUCUCAAAAUUCGAAUUCGAAUCGAACAGAAGGAACUAACACCAUUACUCGACAAUAG